AUGGCUGCUUUGAAUAAAUGUAGAAAUUUAACAAGUUUAAAUAUCCAUGCUUUUAAAGUUAAUUACUACCCACGAAUAAAUUGCAAAAGAAAUUUAAAUCUUCAGGAAUACCACAGCAAAGAUUUAUUAAGAAAACAUCAAGUAUCUAUCCAAAAUUUCCGUCUUCUUGAUGCCAACUUGGAUCCAAACACUUUAUCAGACUUCAAAGCAAAUGAAUAUGUAAUAAAAGCACAAAUUUUAGCAGGUGGUAGAGGUAAAGGCCAUUUUGAUAAUGGAUUUAAAGGAGGUGUGCAUUUAACUAAGAAUCCGUCGGAAAUAUUACCAUUAGCCAAAAAUAUGAUUGGUCAUAAAUUAAUAACAAAGCAAACUCCCAAAGAAGGCAUAUUAGUUCACAAGGUAAUGGUAGCAGAAAGUGUGAAUAUAAUACGAGAAACUUAUCUUAGUAUUGUAAUGGAAAGAACUUACAACGGUGCUGCUUUAGUUGCAUCUCCGGCUGGUGGAAUGGACAUCGAAACUGUAGCAGAAAAAACUCCUCACUUAUUGAAGACUGUUCCUAUUGAUAUUUACGAAGGCGUUACAGAUAAAAUGGCCAAUGAAAUUGCUGAAUUUUUAGAGUUCAAAGGUACCAUGGUAAAAAAGUGUGCAGAAGAAAUAAAAAAAUUAUGGGAGUUGUUUGUUAAGGUAGAUGCCACCCAACUUGAAAUUAAUCCAUUGGUUGAGACUGAUGAUGGCCGUGUAGUUGCAGUUGAUGCAAAGAUUAAUUUUGAUGACAAUGCUCAAUUCAGACAAAAAGAGAUAUUUGCUUUAGAUGAUGUUUCAGAAACAGAUCCCAGAGAAAGGGAGGCAGCGUCUUUAAACUUAACAUACAUUGAUAUGGAUGGUAGUAUCGGAUGUAUGGUCAAUGGCGCUGGUCUUGCAAUGGCAACUAUGGACCUUAUUAUGUUGAGUGGAGGCAAACCAGCAAACUUCUUGGACCUUGGUGGAGGUGUUGGUCAAACACAAGUGUCUGCGGCCUUAAGAAUAUUAGAAUCUGAUCCAAAAGUUAAGGCUAUCUUUGUAAAUGUUUUUGCUGGGAUUGUAAACUGUGCUACAGUUGCUAAUGGAAUAGUGGCUGCAUGUAAGGAGAACCCUCCAAAGCAUCCUCUAGUUAUUAGAUUAGAGGGUACCAAUGCGCCAUUGGCCAAGAAAAUCCUUGAAGAGUCUGGUCUACCAUUCAAUAUCAUAAAUGACGCCGAUGAAGCUGCUAAGAUGGUAGUUAAGCUAGCACAAUAG